AUAAGGGUGUCUCUGUAAAUCCAUAACCAAUCUCAGAAGAAACAUCAAACAUUCAAGAAUUCAAGAUGAGAUUAGCUAAUUCUGUAGUAAAUCAUUUUACCAAACGAACCUUUAUCCAACACUCUCAACAACAGCGACAACGACAGCGUCGUUGCUUUUCUAAAUUUCUGCCAGCCAAAAAAAUCCCACAAUGCCGAAGCACACCACAACCAAGUACUACCAUUAGGGUUCCUUCUCAAACCCCUUGUCGAAAUUCAGUGAUAUUUUUUUCGUUCCUUCACAAGUCAUACUAUUCAUCAUCAUCUUCAUCGGGGAAUCGAAAGAUGGGUUUUCUUUCUUGGUAUUUGUCAAUGCUGGAUUCGCGGCCCAUUCUUACAAAGAGCAUAUCUUGUUCUCUGAUCUAUGCAGCUGCUGACAUUACUUCCCAGAUGAUUACAAUGCCACCUUCAGGUUCACUGGAUUUAGUAAGGACAUCAAGGAUGGCUGGGUAUGGGCUGGUUAUACUAGGUCCUGCACAGCAUAUAUGGUUUAACUUUAUAGCUUGGUGUCUUCCCAAACGGGAUCUCAUCACGACACUGAAGAAGCUCGUAAUCGGCCAGCUUGUCUUUGGACCUUUCGUUACUUCUGUUUUCUAUUCAUUUAAUGCAGCCAUGCAAGGUGAAACUGCGAGUGAGAUUACUGCCAGAUUGAAGCGAGACGUGCUCCCAACAUUGUUGAAUGGCCUUAUGUUCUGGCCAUUAUGUGAUUUCUUCACAUACAAAAUUAUUCCAGUCCAUUUACAGCCAUUGAUGAACAGCUCCUUUUCAUACAUCUGGACUAUAUAUUUGACCUACAUGGCAAGCUUGCAGAGGGCAGUUGCUAAUUAGUUCUCCCCUCUUUUGCUUUAGCUGGCUGUAUUCCAUGAGCGGAAGAACAACUGUAACUCAUUUGAUAGAUCACCCUUCAUGUUUGAAAGAUCAGCAUACAUCAAAUUACAAUUCCAUAGGCUGCAGGCAAGUAUGCAACAGAACUGAGGAUCUAGGGGGCUUGUGAAUGUGUCUCUAGAUAUUUCCCUACUAUUUUGACUUUGACUUUUUUAUUUUCUUGUUUUCCUUUUCUGGUUUAGUAACUUCUACGCAAUGGUUUUAUCUGCACUUUUUUUUUGUUCUCAGAUGUUUGGAAAUAUAUUACCUUUUUGUCAUACCCGCGGGAAAGAAGUUCCUAUAGGCGUUCUUUA